GAGACUAUAUAAUUUGAAAGCAGAACCUGACGCCUUCACCUCCUGUUUCCUUUCAUAAUUAUCUCAGAUUUUAUCAUAGUGUAGGUUAUGUUUGCACUUAUAAAGUUUGGCUACACGUCAGCAUAUGAUGAUCUAGGAUGCGAUAAUUUGUGUCCCCUACACUACAACAAACGCCAAAAAAAUUCUGUGGCUUAAGUCAGGUAGUCAGCCAUUUCUCGUGAAUUACAUUGUAAAGGAAGCGAUUUAUGGAAAAAGUAUUUAAUUAUAUAGGCUAAUUUGUGCACAAAUUUCAUUUUUUCGGCUUUAUUGGCUACAACUGAUUUUACUUCUCCUGAAAAUCAUACACUAGAAGCCAUGGAAGCAAUGGAUACAAUCGAAGCUGAAAACCUCAGUUUGAACUACGGCGACGACAUUGGAGACGAAUUGAAAUUGGAUGAAAUGUUGGAGUAUGAUACCCGCAGCGAAGUGACGUCAUCUUCAUCUGACAGCCAGAGUGAUUCAAGUCAUCAAUGCGUCAGUUCGGUUAGCUCAGAGUCUUCAGCAGGCCAUAAAGGUAGGGGGUCGAGACGCAAGCGGAGUCAUUCUAGAGAAAAGAAGAGCUCCUCUCCAGAGUCAAAACGUCCUAAAUCUAGAGAGAAAAAUAAAUCCUAUGAUUAUAUUACAAAACUGAAUUAUUUGUUUCGUGAUGCAAGAUUUUUUGUCAUUAAAAGUAAUAAUGCUGAAAAUGUUGUACUAUCAAAAGCCAAAGGUGUUUGGUCAACACUACCACAGAAUGAAAACAAAUUGAAUCAAGCCUACAGAGAAUCGAGAAACGUUCUGCUGAUAUUCUCGGUGAAGGAGAGUGGAAAGUUUGCUGGAUUUGCUCGACUAAGUGGAGAGUCGCGACGUGAUGGACAGCCUAUAAAUUGGGUUCUUCCUCCAGGCCUAUCAGCCAAAGCAUUGGGUGGUGUCUUCAAAGUUGACUGGAUCUGUAGAAAAGAGCUGUCGUUCAAUAGUACAAUGCAUCUCUACAACCCAUGGAAUGAAGGUAAACCCGUCAAAAUUGGUAGAGAUGGCCAAGAGAUCGAGCCGAGAGUUGCUGAAGAACUGUGCCGAUUAUUUCCAGAAGAUGAAGGAAUUGAAUUGGGCUCCAUUCUUCGAAAAUCAAAAGAAGCAUCUAAAGUCGUUCGUCCAAGAACUCCUAGAUUCAAGAGAGACCACUUUACUCGAAACCCAGGAGCAAGAUAUUCAAUGAGAUCUCCGCCAUUCUCUUGGAGAGGAAGAGGUGGCUUCAACCGAGGUAGUAGAGGAAAGUUUUUUGGCUCUAAUAGAAACCGUCUAAGUACAACUGGUGGAAUCUAUAAGCCGUCGUCAAGAACAAGAGACCGAUUGCCGCCUUGGUUCAGUGGCUCAAGAGACAAUGCGAGAUCAUUCAGUGGAGCAGCAGCUGAUGCGAUUGUAGCCGAUUAUAUGCGAAACCUGCACCAGCUGCCACCGAUGCCAUAUGCGCCGCCGCCUGGAGUCUUUACCGCCUCAUCGCCCUACGAUGCACUGCCGCCGCCUCCCAGAUACUAUGAAGGCCUUCCUCUGCCCCCAGAGUAUCCGCUCACGCUGCGAAGCAAUGGCUACACGGACAAAAGGUCCUACGACAGGUCGGUCGACGAAUUCCUGUGGAGGACGCGAGAACGCGAGAGGGACCGCGACAAGGAUCGUGACCGAGAUCGCGACAGAGACCGCGACCAUCAUCGCUACAGAGAUCGGCGAUAAACUGUCCACUAAAAUCAAUUUUUUUUAAAUCUGUCUUGUGAAAAUUAUUGUCGUCGUUUAUCCAAUUCAGUUAUCGAUAUGUGUUUGUUAUUUCAUUCCAGAGUGUUCAUAAAGACAUUCAAGUAAAUAAUAUGUUAAUUUUACAUGGUCGUGUCUGUGUGUAUGGACUCCGUCCUUUACUCCUAUUAAUAAUUGUGAUUAUCUUCCCUUUUAUGAUGCUCAACUUAUGAGUCAUUACGAACAUUUUGUGUAUUAUCUAGGAAGUGGAGACACUUCUGUGUAGUUUGAAAGACUUAGAUUUUCAUUUAUAAGAUUCAAGACUGAAUUAUUUGGCGUAAGCCCUCGAAAGAUUUUUUUUUAUAGAGGUGAAUCAAAUCACUGCUUAGUAAAAAUGUCAAAGACUGAUUAUUAUUUAUCUGGCCCAUAAUUCAAGUCUAAAUUGGUGCUAUUAUGAACUUGUAUUUUAGGGUGUGUGUGUCUUUCUCCUCAUUAAAGACUUAUUUUAGUUUUUUGAACUAUUCAUCAGGGCUUUAUAAAGAAAUCAAUUGAAUUUUAUUACGUUGGUUGUUGAUUAGGUCCAACGAUUGUGGACACUGUGGUGGUAUACAGAUGUGAUUUUAGUCUGAUAAUCAUUUAAAAUGUUCUGUAAAUCAAUCAACUUGAGACUUGAAAAAUUUCAUAGUUUAGUCAGAACUGUCUGUGAUGUAAAUGAUGGUUUGCUGUCUGUGACAAGAUAUCGUUGCUCUGGAUCGAGUCACUGAUGGAGUCUGCCUUUUCAACACAAUGCUGUCAUCUCAAGGUAUAUUUCUUUCAAUACUUUUAGAAAAUGUCAUGGUAGAAUUCUAUCAUACCAUUGAUUUAUUGGUGCCGUUUUCCUUGAGCAAAAUUCGAAAAUAGAAAUGCUAGAUUCGGAAACUGGCAAAAGAUUGCGCCAUCCAAACAUGUAAUUAGCAAACCCUUUUUUUCAUCCAUUUCGUUAACCACAUCCUAAAUUUGUUGGAAUGCUUGGUUAUCGAUGCCGUACAAUUGAAAAUGUAUUUUAUCAGAUUGAAAUCAUAUAAGGUCUCACCCAAUUACUUGAAUGUAAACUAAAUUUAAUCUCAUUUAUUUUCAAAUAUAUGAAUGAAUUCACGUAAGUUAUAGAAGAAUCCCAUUUCCAUAUCAAUUGAUUCCAGUUUAUAGAAAAAUAUCCAUAUCUUUAAGUAAUGUUUAUCGCAUGAAUUAGUAAACACCUUCUACAAAAA